UGUCGUCUUCCUCGUCUUCGCGUGCUCCCGGCCUACUUGAUUUUCAACAGCAAUGGCGAACAUUGGCAAGAUUUUUGCUUCCCGUGCCUGCGGCCUGGCCAAGGCGGCCAACUACAGCAACAAUGUGCGCUUCUACUGCUGCGCUUCCCCGAAGGCGUUCGAGUUCAUCAAGACCGAGCUGGUGGGUGAGAAGAAGAACGUCGCCCUGAUCACGCUGAACCGCCCCAAGGCCCUGAACGCCCUCUGCAAUGGGCUGAUGAGCGAGGUUAGCCAGGCGCUGGACCAGUUCGAAGCCGACAGCACCGUCGGAGCGAUCGUCAUCACCGGCAGCGAGAAGGCGUUCGCGGCGGGAGCCGACAUCAAGGAGAUGCAGCCAAACACCUACGCCAAGUGCAUCAUGGGUAACUUCCUGAACAACUGGACGCGCGUCGCCCAGGCCCAAAAGCCGGUGAUCGCCGCCGUCAACGGAUACGCCCUCGGCGGUGGGUGCGAAUUCGCCAUGAUGUGCGACAUCAUCUACGCCGGCGACAAGGCCAAGUUCGGCCAGCCCGAGAUUGCCCUCGGAACGAUUCCCGGAGCCGGCGGUUCCCAGCGCACCACCCGCGUCAUGGGCAAGUCCAAGGCCAUGGAGAUGUGUCUCACCGGAAACAUGAUAAACGCUGAGGAAGCGGAACGCUCCGGGCUCGUUAGCAAGGUCUUCCCCGCCGAUAAGGUCGUUGGGGAAGCCAUCAAGCUGGGCGAGAAGAUCUCCACCUUCUCCCCGCUGAUCGUGCAGCUGUGCAAGGAAGCGGUCAACACGGCGUACGAAACCACCCUCCACGAGGGACUCAAGUUCGAGCGUCGCCACUUCCACGCUACCUUCUCGACCAAGGAUCGCCAGGAGGGUAUGACCGCGUUCGUUGAGAAGCGUGCGCCCAAGUUCACCAGCGAAUAAAUGAUAUCGGGA